GUCAGUCGACUGGAACCGGUACGGCUGCCAGAGAGUGUGAGAGAGAAAGAGAGAGAGAGAGAGAGAGAGGGAGAGAGAGGAAGGGGCGAGAAAGAGUGAGCAAGAGAGAGAGAGAGAGAGAAAGCGAGCGAGAGCGGUACAGCGCGGCUGUGCUGAACACAGACUGGGUCAGAGCGCUCAGUUGCUUCAGACAAUCACAAGGGAGCGCGCAAACGAGAGAGAGAGAGAGCAGAACAGAGAGAUCGCGAGGGGGGGAAAAAAGACAGAAGCCAAGUGAACGACCCAGAGGAGGAGGUGGAGGUAGCGAGAGAGAGAGGAGGUGGAGUGAUAAAGAGAGAGAGGGAAAGGAGAGGAAGAGAGAGAGAGAGGGAGAAGGAAGCAGAAAUCUGACAGGAUGUGGGGUGCCCGUGCACGUGAACAUCAGUGCAGACAUACUUUGAGCAUGACCUAAACGCAGCAGCACACGUACCACUCACUGCUGCCGCUGCUGCUGCUGCUGCUGCUGCUGACGGAGACAUUACCACCACCACCAUCUCUGGACCAACAGCUGGAACCACUGGAACCUCCCCCCCCCCCCCCUCACCAGCCUCAGAGAAACUCAGCCUGCAGCCAGCCCCUCGCUCCCUGACGGAGGACACCUAUUUCCCAACCCGCUACCAGCCAGGAGACCCCCUGAGCACCAGGAGACCCACGGGGAGACCCAUCGACCCACCACCUUACCCCCCCCCCCCCCCUAGGAGAGGGUGAGCAGCUGUGGAAGCGGAGCGGAGCCCACCACUCCGUCGCGGGUCAGGCAGUCUCGUAGAAUGUGUGUGUGUUCAGGACACACUGCCUCCGGCUGUAGUCGUACCACACACCGCUGAACUUCUCCACCGCCGCGGGAUACGCUCUGCCAAGAGGGCUUGUGUGCACACACACCCACACAAUCUCACACACACACACACACACACACACACACACACACACACACACACACACACAUACAGGCACGUGCAUAGACACCAACUGCGGAGCCAUGGGCUGUGGCCUGCGUAAGCUGAAGCCGGUGUCGGAGGAGAGCAGUCCGGGGAAGAUCUACUCCACCCUGAAGAGACCCCAGGUGGAGACCAAGGUGGGCGUGGCCUACACCUACCGUUACCUGGACUUCCUGAUCGGCAAAGAUGACGGGACGUCCACCCUGCGGCUGUCCUCGGUGCGGGAGCUCCCCAGCCAGCUCCAUGACCUGUACCAGCAGGGCUUCGUCCUGGCCGCCGUGCACCCCUUCAUCCACCCCUGUGGCCCCGAGUCCAACAGCCCCCAGCACCAGCUGUACCGCGCCAUCCUGGUCCGCCUCAACGACGGGGUGGAGAGGAACCAGCAGACCUGCCCCCCACACCGCCUCCACCUGGAGGAGUGUCUCCCUGCCGACCAGGUCCCCACCCCCGAGCUCAUCCAGGGCUACGUCAAGAAGCAGGUCCAGGACGCUGCCGACCAGGGCGUGAGGUUCGUGGGCUUCGUCCAGGAGCCGUACGGGGCCCCGUGCACCCGGAUCAGAGAACCGGAGACGCCCUCGCUCUCCCUCCACUCCAGCCCUAGCUCGGUGCUGGGCUCCCUGGGCAGCUGCAGCCCGCCGGAGCCCUCCAGCCCCGGGAACCAUGGCGGAGGACCGGGGGUCAUCCUGGAGGAGGUGUCCGAUGCCAGGCGCCCGGAGAGCCCGAUCGGGGAGGGGAAGGGGGUGCAGAGCGACGGAGAGGGAGAGGGAGAGGAGCUGACUGAGAACACUGGAACGGACGCGGGGAGCAGCGUCGAGGGAGGACCCAUGGACACCUCCUGCUCCUCCCCCGAUCAGGAGCGCACCGAGGAGAAAGAGGAGGGGAAGGAGUCACUGGUGCAGAACAACAACAGAACCAACGCCGGGGACGGCGAGGGGCGGCCGCGCUACACGCGCCAUCGCAGAGGAGACGGGGUGGAGCUCCUGGCCCUGUUCAACCACCCGCCGGCGCGCGAGGGCCAGGCCAAGUACUACACAGUGAAAGUCCCGCUGAAGGUGCAGAACCGGGACGAGGGCGUGAAGGGGGUAGAGGCCAACUGGCUGGACUACAUGACCCAGCACUUCAACAACGGCGCCUCGCUGGUCGACGGCUACUUCCACCUGGGCGGCGACAACGACCUGCUGCCCAUGUCGGUGGAGAGUGUGUUCAUCUUCCAGGAGGCCAGUGAGACGGAGCCCAGCACGCCCGCCCCCGCCUACGACGCCAUCGUGGUCGAACAGUGGACGGUCAUCGACGGUUUGCAGGUGAAGGCAGACUACGUUCCUCUGCUCCAGUCACUGGCUACGUACGGCUGGAGACUGACCUGUGUGUUGCCCACGCCCGUCAUCAAGACCAAGAGCGAUGGAAGUCUGUCCACCAAACAGAUUGUUUUCCUGCAGAGGCCCGUCCUGAGCAGAAAGAAGAGGGAGCCCAAGAAGCUGAUCUUCAAGUCCCGAAGCAAGACGAACAAGAAGUGCAUGAAGGAGGCCGCCUCGGCAAAGUACAAGAAGAAGAAUAAACCUGGAGCGUCGACCGGAGUGAAGGACCUGGAAGAUCCCAAGAUACACGCAGAGGAUGGGGAGAAGGAGGCGAUGCGGGCAGCAGCUAACCAAGAUGGCGGCGGGAGCCCCAGCCAGAAGCCGGAGCAGGAGAGAGAGACCAGGAAGGAGCGGGAGAAAGAGGAAGAAGAUGGGAAGAUGGACAGCGAAAUCAAGGUGUCUGUAGAGGAGACAUGCAAGCGGGAGGAAGGAGAGGUCCAGCCGGCGCACAAGGGAGGAAGAGAAAACGGCAAAGAAGAGGAAGAAGAAGAAAAGGAGACGAUUGAGGAAGAGGAGAAGAACAAGGAAAGCCCACAGGAAAGGGAGGCGGCGCAAAGAACAGAUGAGCCGUUACAAAAUGGAGAGGUCGCCUCAGACAUAGUACCGGAGACGGAAAAAUCGGAGGAAAUCCAUGGGAGCGCGGUGGAGGUGGUGGUGGUCGUCAAUGGGCUGCGAGAAGACGACGAGGUGGAAGACGAUGACGAAGGGCUCCUCACUAAACUCCCGGAAACGACAGAGGAAGCAAUCACCAGAGAACCUUUGGCAGAGGCCGAUCCGACCAAUCAGAGCCCGGAUGGAGCUCAGUAAACCUUCCCUGGCAGCCAAUGAAAGUUAUUCCCCCCCUCCUACCUCUUAAACACCCUAUAUCUGGAGAAUAGGUUGAAGCCCUGUAACGUAAUCUCAUC